AGUGGGACCUCGGCCUUAACUCGCCGCUUGCGACGAAAAAAUAACACAAAACAUAUCCUUUGAGCCGCCGCACAAGCUCCCGAGCUCACGGUCAUGGCGAUGGCGGAGGCGGAAAGCAAUGGCUUCGAGUUCCUGUCGGAUCCGGUCGACAGGUUUCCGCUGAUGGAUCUAUCCGGCGGCAACUGCGUGCCCUCCAACGAAGCCAUUGAAGCUCUGAUCUGCGCCCCGUCCGAUUCCAGUAUGGGCGACGCUGGGGACAGAGCGCUGACAAUGGAGGCGGAUUUGAACAGUACUUGCGAUGAUGUGCCCCUGUCAGCGCCACCUUCAGAGCCGUCAACAGGGAAAGACAAUCCUCAAGGCACCUGGCUGGACAGAGAGGACUACUGCCUACCCCAGCACGCGCAUGACCACAUCGGUCAACAGCAAAACAAGUAUGGCCACACCGACGAUCAGGUUCGCCACCAAAUUGAUAGAUGCAGCGUCCACCCCGGCGGUCCCCUGGCGCCCAAUGAACUGCGUGCCCUCCGCCAUGCCGUUGUGCUGCACCUGUGCGCCGUGCGGCAGCUGCAUGUCUUGAACUCCCACGCCUUAUCCUGCUUCCUGCUGCUGUGGCUGGAUUUGCGCCAACGGUGGCGCUGCAGGGCCAAACGAGGCCAGAUGGUCGGCGUACGCUUCCUGCCACCGGUACAAAUCGCAACCCCCUCGUGA